CUCCUCUCCUUCUCCCCCCACCCUCCCCUCACAAACCAACAAUCCAAGAACUCCACAUACAAAGAAAAGAGGGGAAAAAAACAAAUCGUCCCAACCAUAAAAAGCAGCUUCAGUCUCACGUUACAUUUCGCUGAAUGCUCCCAACGGCCUUCCCAAUGCUAAUCUCCGGCUCAGUUAAAUGCAUCUGAAAAAAUCCGACCCGCCGCUCGCCGGAGAAGGCUUCCGACGCUCCUCCGACCACCCUGGCCGGAACCCUAAUCCCCUCUUAUCGCCGGAGAUCCAUGGCCCCCACAAACGCCCCAGCCCCACCGCCACCUCCGCCGCUCGCCGGUCCCACACCCUGACCUCGCACCGGCCCACCUACACCCCCGCCUCCGCCGCCCCUCCCCCGCCCAGNCUCCGUCUCCUCACUUCCGCCGGCGCCGCUGCUUUCCGGUCCUUUCUCCGCCACCUCCUCCGCCGCCUCCGUGUCCGCCUCCUCCUCCUCCUCUCUUUCCCUUCCCUCUAUCUCCUCCUCUCCUCCUCCAUCCCCGGCCGUCCCUUCUUCCUCGCCUUCUUCUCCGCCCUCGCCUUCUCCUCCGCCCUUCUCGUCCUCGCUGCCAUCUACUUUAACCUCCUCUCCCUCCCCUCCCUCCGCCUCCUCCUAUCCCGCUCCAAAUCCCUCCUCCCACUGUACCACCACCUCCCGGGCCGCCGCCUCCCCGUCUUGUGGUCCAUCGGCAAGCCUGAAUCCGACAACCGCCUGAGUUCUGGGCUCUGGGUCCGGGUCUACAGCAAUGGAGAUACCUACGAGGGGGGGUGCCGCGGCGGGAAGUGCUCCGGCAGCGGGGUGUACCAUUACCGCAUGAGUGGGAAGUAUGAGGGGGAUUGGGUUGACGAGAAGUAUGAUGGAUAUGGCGUCGAGACAUGGUCUCGGGGGAGCAGGUACAUGGGGCAGUACAGGCAGGGGCUCCGGCAUGGGUUUGGUGUCUAUCGGUUCUACACUGGCGAUGUGUAUGCCGGCGAAUGGUUCAAUGGGCAGAGCCAUGGCUAUGGGGUGCACACAUGCGAGGAUGGGAGCCGUUACGUCGGGGAGUUCAAGCUAGGGGUUAAGCAUGGGCUUGGGCAUUACCAUUUCAGAAAUGGGGACACCUAUGCUGGAGAAUACGUCGGAGACAAGAUGCAUGGUUUUGGAGUUUAUCGUUUUGCAAAUGGGCAUCAAUAUGAGGGUGCCUGGCAUGAGGGAAGAAGGGAGGGCUUGGGGAUGUACACAUUUAGAAAUGGGGAGACACAGUCAGGUCACUGGCAAAAUGGUGUUCUUGAUAUUUUUAGCACACAGAAUACCCUGCCUGGGUCUUCUAUUGCUGUCAAUCAUUCCAAAGUGCUGAACACAGUUCAGGAAGCACGGACGGCAGCAGGAAAAGCAUUUGAUGUUCCCUGGGUUGAUGAUAGGGUGAACAAGGCUGUUGCAGCGGCCAAUAAAGCAGCUGAGGCAGCUAGGGCUGCAGCAGUUAAAGCUGUUCAGAACCAAGCCUCCAAUAAUGGUGUUGGCAUCCCAAACCUACUUGUGCAAGACACCUUGCUUGGUAUUGCAUAAGUUCAAAUCACUGGAAACAACAUUGAAUGACCUGAUACCAGGGAGAAUUUUCCGGCUGUGCAUUAUGCAACUCCUUUUAUCUUCAAUCCUUUCCUGGAGCAUUAGAUAACUAAUCCUUGCUCAAAGUCACCUCCGGUUAAUGACCGAUUGAGAGCAGGGUUUUCUUUUUGUUCUUUUUUGCUUCUUAUGUGUAGAUAUUAUGAGUGGCCGGCAAUGUGGAGAGGGUAGGAUUUUCCCAUAAUUUUACGUUGUUUCUUUAUAAACAGUCUUAUUAAGUACAUGUAUGUGAAUUGAACCUCAAUAUAUGAAUUGUAUUGUAUGUAAAACUAAAAUGUUAUCAACGCAAAAGAGUAGUCUCAGAAUAGCAUUUUGCUCGAGGGAAA